UAAAGAGUUAAAAAUCAAUCAAUCUCUCACAAAUUACAUUCAUGAUGCCACGUCCAGCUAAUGGAAUCCUUGCUGCACAAAAGUACUCUUUUUAUCUCUUAUUUGUCCUUAAAUUUCCCGGAAUGUCUGUUGAAACACCAAAAAUGCUGAAUUAUUUGUGGGAAUGCUUAUCUUGGUUUUCGGUCUUUGUACCAUUGCAUAUGUCAUUUUGUUUUUUCAAAACCGUUUACGAUGGUUUUGAGCUUGAGAGUAUGGAUACUUUGUCAAACAUUGGAAUUCAGGGAGUAUGGUUGUUUUGUAGUUCCAUUACAAUGUUAAACUAUAAGCUGAAGUCAAAAGAUUUGAACGAUAUAAUUGAUACAAUUGAAGAUGAAUUUUUAUGGAGAUCUGCUAAAGGAAAAACAUACGUUGACAUGGAAAAAAUCCACCGCUGUGCAAAAUUCGUAUCAAUGUUUUGGCAAUUUUUUCCAUCAUUUACUGUUGUCGGAUCACUGCUACGUCCUUUGUUUAACAAACCUAUAGACCUUCCGAUUCCCAUUUGGUAUCCAAUUGACAAAAAAAACCCCUAUCAAUUCGCUUUGGCUUAUUUUCUUCAAGCUUGGGCUCAAAUAAUUGUAGUUUGCAGUUUUGCUGUUGGAAGUUCGUUUUUCUAUUCUUUUGGAUUGUUGUGUAGUGGUCAAUUUAAUAUUACAAGAUGUGCGUUAAAAAAUUUAAUAUUUACAAGUGGUGUUUAUAAAAGGUUUUCAGAAACCCUUUCGGAUAACUACGAACCUGAUUCUGGUGAAUAUCAUUUAGCAACAGAAAGAAGAGAUAUGAAUUUUGCAAGAAAACGUUUUGAAUCUUCUGAAAAUUUUCUUUUGAAAGAUAUAGAAAAUAUUCAACCAGAAGCUUCUAAAGAUCUUUGUGCAAAAGAUAUUAAAAAAUUUCGAGCAGCCCUUAAAAAAGCGGUACAACACCAUUAUAUUUUGAUAAGACUUUGUGGAAUGAUGGAAAAAUUUUUGAACUUUUUUGCACUUCUUCGAGUUUUGGAAGUAACUUUACAAAUGUGUUUUAUGGCAUUUGUAUACGUUAGAACUUCAGAUUUUUUUGUAUUACUUUUUGGAGUAUUGGCAGCGGUAGACCUAUUUUUGUUAACCUAUCCAGCUGAAUAUAUUAGCGAACAGAAUAACUUGAUAGGUUCUUCUUUAAUGAUGGGUCCUUGGUAUUUGGUUUCCAAAUAUUUUCGAAAUGAUUUUUUGAUCAUAAUAAUGUUUUCUCAACAACCGAUACAGUUUACUGCUGGGAAGAUAUUACCUUUGAAUGCAGAUCGUUUAAGACAGGCAAUCACAACAGCAUUUUCUUACUACACCUUACUUUCGAGUUUUGAUGAGGGUUAAAAAUAUUUUCAAAUUGUAUACGUACAAAAAAUUUGAUAGUCACAAUUUCUAUGAAC